ACAUCUGGGGUAGAAUCGAAGCACAGCUGGGUGGGACCGCAGGUCUGAGAGAGACCGCGGCGAGCUGGACUGGGAGGGCUCAGGGAGGCUGGAGCCAGCUGGCAGGGGCUCCGAGGGAGGGGAAGGAGCAGCUGUACGUGGGGGUGAAUCUGAGGUGAAGAAACCCAUCUGAGGACAAGGGGCCAUGUCUGGAGGGAAGCCUCACGCUGGGGAGAAUGUCCCCUCAGGGCCCCAGGAUGGAGCAGCCAGAACCCUUGCCCUGCACAGUGGUGGGGAAGGAGGAAGAGGAGCUGCUGAAACGAGCCUUCUUCUCCUGGGCUGAGUUCAGCCGCUUCUUCGACAAAUGGUGCCAGCAGCGGUUGGUGAUGUUCUCGGUCAAGAACUCCACGCGUGUGGCUCGCAGCCCCUGGGCCGGUGUGCCCCCGCUCUACAGGCUCGUCCACGUGCUCAAGUACAGCUACGUGCUGCUGGUGUGCAAGGAUGUGCGCUCACCCAACCAGCCUACAGAGUGGUCCUGCCAGCCCAGCUGCCCGGCCUUCAUCACCCUGAAGCUGAGCCCGCUGCGGGAUCGCCUUGUGGUGUCAGAGUGCCAGCUCACCCACUCACAUCCAGCCUGCCCACGUGGGUUCGCCUACCACUUCCGCCCAGGCCACCUGCUGGCCAACGCCUGCCUACCUGUGCGAAUGACCAACCAGAUCUCCAAGCAGUUCGUGGCGCCAGACGAUGUGCGCCGCCUACUGUCCUACUGCAAGGGCCCUGACCAUGGCGUCCUGGAUGCCCUGCACGUGCUGGAGGGGCUCUUCCGCACUGAUCCAGAGGCCAAGGUGAAGCUGGUGUUCGUGGAGGACCAGGCAAUGGUAGAGACUGUGUUCUUCCUGACGUCUCGCACCAGGGCGCUGCUGCGGCGCUUCCCACGCAUACUCCUGGUGGACCGGCUGCCGGCGCUUCAGGGCGCGCUGGACCUGCUGGCUGUGCUAUGUGUGGAUGGUGCAGGUCGUGCACGCCAGGCUGCCUGUUGCGUGGCACGCCCAGGCACUCCGAGCCUCCUGCGCUUUGUGCUGGUCUCGCUGCUGCAGAGUGCGCCUGAUGUCAAAGGCCGCGUGCGCUGCCUCACAGCAGGGCCUGAAGUGGCUGCGCAGCUGAGAGCCGUGCGCCAGUUGCUGCCUUGUGCACGUGUUCAAAUCUGCCGUGCGCAGGGCCUGGAGACACUCUUCAGCAAGGCACAGGAGCUGGGUGGUGCCAGCCGCGAGGACCCAGGCUUGUGGCCACUCCUGUGCCGCCUGGCAGGCGCUUCGUCCUAUGCGGCCUACACCGAGGCACUGGCCGAGCUACGUGCCCAAGGCCCAGAUGCCUUCGUCAAAUACUUUGACCACAACUGGGCACCCCGCCACGACAUGUGGGUGCGUUUUCGAGCCUAUGAGGCAUCUCGAGACCUGGACGCCUGCGCCCUAGUGCGUGGCCACCGCAGGCGACUCCUGAGUCGCCUUAGCCCUUCACACAGCGUGGCGCAGUGCCUUCGUGAUCUGGUGGCCAUGCAGUGGGCUGACGCGGCUGGGGAAGCAGCCUCUGAGGGCGCUGAUGGCCGAGGGAUGUGGCUGGAGAGCCAGCUCGGGAGUGGGGCCCAGGUGGAGGAUAUGAGGGACCUAGAGACCGGUGACACAGGAGAGAUCCCGCCAGAAAGGGAGAAAGGGAGGGAUUUGCAGAGGAGAGAUUGGCCAGAGGCCCAUUUGGAGAACCAGAAAGGAAGAGUGCUAGAACGGAGUGUCUGGAGAGGGGCUCAGUUGGAGAGAGGGCAUUUGCGAGGGCCAGAAGUCAGAGACUGGAGGGGACCCCAUGUGGAGGAUGGAAGCUGCAGGGUGCUGGAGAUCACAGACCCAAGGGGAACCCAGUUUAAAUCAGAGAAAGCUAGGUCUUUGGAAGGAAAUCUUUGGAGGGGCUUGCAGCUGCAAGAUGAAAGAGCAAAUGUACUGAAACCCCGAGAAUGGAAGAGACCAGAGUUGGAAACAGAGAAGGGAAGAGGGGUGGCUGUCAGAAACUGGCGUGAGAUCCAUUUGGAGAAGUCUUUGGAAUUGGUUCCUGAGAAUGGAGACCAAAGGGGUGCUCAGUGGACAGGUGAGGGGCGGAGAGGGCCAGAGAUUGCAGAGACAAGAGGAGGGCAGUCAGGGGUCAAAAGAAGACGGGGCCUGGAGGAUUUAGUGGUAGUCCACCUGGGAGACACCAGGGCCACAGGCAUGGCAAAUGGAGAUGCCGGGGGAGCCCGGCCUGUGGGCUCCAAGAGCAGGGCAGGACAUGGGAUGGAGUGGGGGGACACAGGAAGAAGGUGUUCAGGACUGGGGAACGGAGUCCAAUGUACCACUGCCAGGGGGCCUGUGUUAGAAAGCAAUCAAGAGUGGGCAGUGAUGAGUAGUGGGUCCCUGGCUGCUGGAGAAACCUUGCAGGUUGGAAGUGAAGAAGAAAGCCCAAGGGAACCAAAGAGGCUCUGCCGCCCCUCCCGAGAGGAAGAGAUAGAUUGGGAGCCACUGUCCAAAUUCCGAGCAGCCUGUGGGCCAGAGCUGGCAGACCUGGUGGCUGAGGAGCUGGCCUUUGCUAGGCAGCAUGGCACCCGGGGUUUCCACUGGACUGGAACUUGCUUUGCUCUUAAAGAUGGCUCCUCAGACUUUUUCUUGGAUGGAGCCCUCACGUACUGUAGCUGCUCAAUCCACGCCGCCCAUCGUUUGCCCUGCCGGCACCUCUUUGCAGCACGUCUGCUCACUGGGGCUGCUUUAUUUCACAUGGACCUGCUCAGGGAUUGCUGGGGGAGUGCCCAAGAGCCCUGACCCUUCAGGCUCCUGCCUGCCACUCUCUAUGUGGAGGACAGGCCUUCUUUUAUCCCAAAGAUAACAGGGCUGAGCUAUUGAGGCCACCCCUGUCCCUCUGGCCACUUCCUGGAUCAUCUAGGGACCUUAUCUUGCAAAAUUGUCUCUCUGGCUUAAGGGGAAACUGACAGUGUUUUCUGAGGUCCUGGAGCCACAGCUGUAGAAAAUGCUGGUGGCCAGGUUGGGCUCAGAGGACUACCCUCAGGAGAGGAAUGUGAGGAGAGGUACAGACAAGAGUCAGGCCAAGGCAAAAGACAAGAAAGGGGCAGGACUGGGGGAAGGGAAGGAAAGGGGGAGGAGGACACCAGGCUCUGGGGAGACUGGCAGGAGUAGACUGGUCAUCACUGGAAUUGGAGGGCCAAAGAUGGAAAAGCAAGGGAAAAAGUGUAGAACAAAAAGAUACAAAGGAAAGGUGAGGGCAAUAAAGGUAGAAGGGAAAACACAAAGCAAGGGCAGAAGACAGAAGAAGAGGCAGAAAUAGAGAAGAUGAGAAAACAUGGCAAGGUGGGAAGGGAGGGCAGACGAGGUGACAGGGAGGACAGAAAAUUUUGAAAAAAGCAAGUCAGAAGUGGUUGGGGUUUUUCUCAAGAGCUUCAUACUGGGCCUCCCGGGACCUUCUGGUUUUUCAUUGCAAAAUGAGAGAUGACACUAAAAGCCUGGGGGAAUGAGCUGGAGACUCCCCCUGGGAAGGGAACUGUCUGGGUUAUUGUACUUCAAGACAGGAAUAAAACAGUAUUAUUUUGGUUUC